UUGCAUAGCAUAAGAAUAACUUCAAUUUAUAUAAUGUGCAUUGUUGAGUCGUUUUGUAUUAACAAUAUUUCACAAUAAAAAAUAAAACGUAAAGCUUUAGAUUGGCUUUCUUUUCCAGAUCUAAUCUAAAUCUAGUAGAGUAGUAAGUCUAAAGCAAUGCCUGCAAUCAAAAAGAAGUGGAUCAAAGCCAGCCAAGAUGGAGGAGAAGUGCCAGAUGAGCUGGAUGGUGAAGAGGCCAUUGGAGAUGAAGACAAGGAAACAGCAGAGGGAGCUAAUACUGCAGAAACGGCUGUUAAAAUUAAAAAGCCAAAGAAGCGAUCUGCUCCAACCUCACCAUCUCUUCUGAGGGGUUUGGAUGGGGAGGUUUUGUUGGAGAAAAGGAAAAGAUUUAUCCCCCCAGCUGAGCAGAAGCUUUUGGAUUGGUUAGAUACCAACUUAGAGGCACGUACAGAAGACACCAUUCACCUCCCCCAUCUCUAUGCCUACUUCACCGAUCUUUGUCAGGCUGACGGCUCCGACAUUUUAGACCUUCAGCAAUUUAGCAGGAUGGUUAAAGAAAAAUUUGGUAAAACUUUUGGUGUUAAAGCAACAUCCAUUUACAAGAGCCUAAUAAAAGAGCGCAAAAUAAAUAGAGAAAAGAAGAAAAGUGGUGGGAUCAAGAUGAAAGAAAUUGUACAUGAAGCUAUCAACCAUUUUGGAAAUCCUUGGGCUGGAGUGAGAAUGUUUGCUCUAAAGCAGUAUAUAGGCAGUAAAUACCCAGCAUUACAGAUUGAUCUCAAACCUAAACUUCUUAAAAGAAGUUUGGAAAUGGGUGUCCAGUAUAAUCAAAUAGAAUUGGUAAAAGGAAUAGGCAUGGCUGGGUACUACAGACUGCCAGGAGCCAAGCCCCCUUCACCUACUAAAGCUACAGAGCCUAAGGCUGCGGAAGGUGAGGAAAAAGAGAAAGAAACAGAUGAGUCGGCUGAGGAAGGGGCCAAGGAGUCAGCCACUGAAGACCAGGCUCCUAAGAGUACUGAAGAGAAUGGAGAAAAACAUGAGGAGAGUGGAGAAGACAGCAAAAAGAAGAAACACAAACCAAAAAAAAUAGAAAAGGUGACCUAUUCACACAUUAGACAUGGGAAUCCAGAAAAGAUUGAAGACACCUUUCCACUAGCUAUCACCUAUCAAUCUGCCCCAAAGGCUGCUUCCACUGUUAGGAUCAGAAAAUAUAUUCAAGAAAAAUAUGGCGAAGCUGUUCCAGAUCACAAAUGGCGCAAAGCAAUAGAGAGUGGAGUAGAUAAAGGCUACUGGGAGUACUUGUCUGGCUCUGGCAUUGGAGGGAAGUUGCAUUUACUUAUGGAUGAUUUCAAUCCCGGAUCUGAACAAAUAGAGGACAGAAUCUGUGCCGCAAUUAUUGCAUGUCAUGAGCCUAAAGCAGCUUCAGCCAAUCAAAUAAAGAAAUAUAUUUCAAAGUACCACCCAGAUUUUAAAGUGGAUGAAAGACCUAUUCUUUAUAAGAAAGCAUUGCAGCGGGCCCUUUCUAAAAACUUACUCACACAACUUAGUGGACUUGGUGCCAGCGGAUCAUUUCAGCUUACAGCGCCUUUUGUGCCAUCCCCUCUUGUUCUGGCUGGGGAAGAUGAUUCUCAAGGAGAAGCUGAUGGCUAUGAGUCUGAUGAGCCUGUGUAUAUUCCUAAAGGUACUAAAUCCAGAGGUUUGCCUAAAAUUAAAACUGUGGAACUCAAGCAGUCAGCAAGCAAGGCAAAAGCCAAACCAAAGAAACCUGCUGCAACAUCUUCAGGAAGGUCUAAGGGUAGAAAACCUGUUUAUGCUGAGGAAUCUGAUGUCUCCGAUGAAGAACCAGAGGUGAAAAAGAAAAAAUCCCCUUCCAAACCCAAACCAAAUAAAAAAGCAGCUGCAAAGGCCAAAGGAAAGAAAGCUCCUGCUUCGUCUGCAUCCUCUGAUGAAGAGGAGGAGGAGCCAGAGUACACCCCUAAGAAGUCACAGUCUCGGGGAGGUACUGCUCCCACUUCUAACAUCAAAAAUGGUCAGCAAAAGGGUAAGCAGCCAGCUCCAGCAAGCAAAGGAAAUAAAUCUGUUUCAAAAUCUCCUGAUGUUAAAUCCAAAGUUGAGGAAAAAAAUACUAAACCCGUCAGUAAGCUGAAUGGAGAAACUCCAUCAAAGAAAAAGUCAAACAAAAACACUUCCAGUAAAAGUUCCAGUAAUACCAGAAAGUCAUUGGAUAAAAAUGAGGUGAAAGAUGAAAUGGCAUCAGACAUUGAACAAAGUAAGAAUCAAAAGUCCUCAAAUAAACAAACAGAUGAACCUCCAUCAAAGAGAAAAGCCAAAUCCAACAGCUCUAACAAAAACUCUUCAAAAAAAGCUAAGGCAGAUGUCAGCGAGGAAGAAGAGGACGCUAUUGAAAGUAAUGAUGAGGAGCCUGAGUACACGCCAAGAAAGUCCAAGUCAAGAGGUGGCACAGCGUCAGAAAGCAAAAAGGGCACUGUGAAAUCAAACUCUCGAGAAGUUCCUUCAGACUAUGAGGUCAAGGAGCAGGAGAGCUCUGUCAAGGCCAAGUCUGGGGAUGAAGUAUCUAGUGGCAAAAAGAAAGGAAAGGGGGCACGAGGCAGAAAAUAAUUCAGACAUUUGCAGUAGUUUCCCUUAUUUUUAAGUUCUCUCUCCUUACUACAGUAUGAAUGAUGGGAUGAAGGAUUUGCUGAGUUUCACACAUCCUAAUGACAUUGAGGUGGCAUUGUUUUAUAGGUACAUGAUCUUAAAUGUAUAGCAUCAUGUAUAUGCACAGGCACACACACACAUACCAACAUAUAUUUAGUAAGAAUGAUGUGUUCAGACAGAUUAGUCAUAAAACUAGAUUGUUUUUAUUAUGGGACAUAAUAUAUGAAUUUAUAUAUGAAUUUAUGCUGACAUGUGUUGUGUGACAACUUGCUAUUGUUGGCUCAUGGCAAUCUUGGUAAGUUUGUAAACAUUAAUUUCUAAAUUCCAUGUUUUAAUUAUUGUAUUUUUUUUUCCCUAUAAAUCAUAAAUGGAUGUUCCUAGACUGGCUGACAGUUUUGAGGGAUGUUCAAAGACUUAUUGAAAUUCAGUAUUGUUCACCGUUAUUGAUAUUUUUCAUUUAUCAUUAUUGGACUGGUUUUAAAAACAGUUUAUUUUGGAUAAGUGAUAGUUUGAAUCCUUGGUUGUUGUAAGACUUAUGUCAAGAAUCUCUGAAAAAUAAAAUAUUUCAGCUGUAAAACAUUUUCAUAUCUUUUUUUUUUUAUUUUCAUUAAUUUUUUUUUUUUUAAGUCUGGUAAUUUUUUUUUAUUUAAAAAAAAUUAACUUUAAUGGCAGCAGACUUGUUUGUGAGAUUUUAAUUCUUUUACCUUAAUGUAUGGUUUCAUUUUUUGUGUAUCAUGGCAAGAUUCACAUAGUUUGCUUGAAAAGAGGGGGACUUGUAUUCUCAGAGGUUAUUUGGCUGCUAAAAGCACUUGAAAAACAUAGCUCUAGUUUCCCAAAAUUAUUUUUUUUUAAAUCCAUAGCCUCAACUUGAGAUGCUCAAUUGGAUAGUAUGUGGCUUGUAUGCCACUGUGGUAAAAAUCUUAUUGACAUUUAAUGUUGAUGGAAUGGGAUGUACAGCUAAUUUGGCCAGAUUUUCUUUCUAUUUGUCUUGGUUGAAUUAUAUUAUUAUUUCUAUUAAUAUUGAAAUAUUUGUUCUUUUAAUCAAUGUUGUUCAUGUCUUUUCAUUCUAUUUUAUCAUUAUCCUUACCUAUUUAUACAUUUAUUGCUUUAAGCUGCUAUGUUUACAAGGAAAAAUUUUAUUUUGCUUUUAAAAUUUAUUUUUUAAAAUCUGUGGCUUCAAUCCCACUGUCCUUGUGAUGUUUCUAGAUCUUGGCCUGUGAAUGUAUGACUAGGAUCAAUUGAAGUGUAUUUUCUUUCCUAUUGUGCUCGGAUUACUAGUCUUCAUAGUUUUAUAUUUGUGAUGAACACACAAAGAUGUCCGUUUUAUUUUUUACAUUGUCAUUAAAGAAAAACAUUUGUGUUCCUAUAUGAUAAUUAAAUAAAAGUAUGGAAAUGAC